CACACACACACACACACACGCACGCAAGCACUCUCACACUCGCCCUCUCACCCACCUGCCCUCCUGCACCUCUGUCUGCGGCACGCUCAUUCCCUGGCACACCAGCUCGUCUGCUCCUUCUGCUCACUCUCGCGCCUUCGAAUUCCUCUGGUCCCUCGCCCAGACCUAGGGGGCACCCGGGGCCCAGGCGUCUCCCCUGUUCCCCUCCUUGGAGAUGGACAUGAUGCCUCACUGAGAAGGAAGAGGUUGCGUGGGGGGGGGGGGAGAGAGAGGUGGGCGCUCUUACACUGCCCUGUUCUCUCCAGCCGAGACAAUGCGCUCCCCGAAGGGCUUCUCGGGCGCUCUCCUCGCCUUCCUAGUCCAGUUCGUCCUCCGGGGGUGCCAGGCAAAGAACCUGACAGUGGCUGUGGUACUGCCAGUGACCAACACCACGUACCCAUGGUCGUGGUCGCGCGUGGGGCCGGCCGUGGACAUGGCGUUGAAGAGGAUGAACGAACGGUCGGACCUGCUGCCGGGCUGGACGGCGGUGUACCAGCUGGGCAGCAGCGAGAACCCCAAAGGGGUAUGCUCCGACAGCUGGGCUCCUUUGGUUGCUGUGGACCUCAAGGUGGAGUACGACCCUGCGGUGUUUCUGGGGCCGGGCUGCGUGUACUCUGCUGCGCCUGUGGGCCGCUUUACCGCGCACUGGAAGGUGCCGCUGCUGACCGCCGGGGCGUCCGCUCUGGGCUUCGGCUCCAAGGAUGAGUACGCCCUGACCACCCGCACUGGCCCGAGCCAUGUCAAGAUCGGGGACUUCGUGGCCACGCUGCACCAGGAGCUGGGCUGGGAGCGCCGCACGCUCCUGCUCUACAAUGACCGACCCGAACCCGUCGGGGACGACCGGCCCUGCUUCUUUGCCAUCGAAGGGCUGUACGUUCGGCUCCGGGCCCGGCUCAACAUCACCGUGGACUACCUGCAGUUUGUCGAAGGGGACCUGGAGCUGUAUAGCGCGCUUCUGCGGGACGUGCAACAGAAAGGCAGAAUUAUCUAUAUCUGCAGUUCUCCAAAUACAUUCAGAGACCUGAUGCUCCUGGCCCAGGAAGCAGGGAUGACUGGGGGAGAUUAUAUUUUCUUUUACCUUGACGUCUUCGGGAAGAGCCUGCAGGAUGGGCAUAACCCUAUCUCUGGAAGGCCGUGGCAGCAGGGGGAUAGGUAUGAUGCCAUUGCCCGAAAGGCCUUCCAGGCUGCUAAAAUCAUCACAUAUAAAGAACCUGAUAAUCCUGAGUACCCGGAAUUUCUGCAGCAGCUCAAAGAUGUAGCCCAGAAGAAAUUUAACUUCACGGUGGAGGAUGGUCUGGUGAACACCAUUGCAGCCUCCUUCUAUGAUGGGCUUCUGAUCUAUGCCCAAGCAGUGACUGAGACACUUGCCAGUGGUGGUUCAGCCACUGAUGGAGAAGCUGUCACAAGAAGAAUGUGGAAUCGGAGCUUCUAUGGUGUUACAGGACACCUAAAAAUCGAUAGUAAUGGUGACCGGGAGAAUGACUUUUCUCUCUGGGACAUGGAGUCUUCUACUGGUAUUUUCAGGGUUGUGCUUAACUACAAUGGGACAACCCAAGAGAUGGUUUCUGUCCAUGGGCGUGAACUGUAUUGGCCCCUAGGACGUCCCCCUCCUGAUAUCCCCCCAUGUGGCUUUGAUGGCAGGGAUCCUGCCUGCAGUCAAGCCUCCCUCUCUACUCUGGAAGUCUUGGCCCUGGUUGGAAGUCUCCUGUUGUUCAGCAUCUUAAUUGUGUCCUUCUUCAUAUACAGGAAACUGCAACUGGAGAAGGAGCUGGCCUCAGAACUGUGGAGGGUACGAUGGGAAGAUGUGCAAACCAGCAGCCUAGAGAGGACCCUCCGAAGUGCAGGGAGCCGGCUAACUCUGAGUGCAAGAGGAUCCAACUACGGCUCGCUGCUGACCACUGAGGGCCAGUUCCAGAUUUAUGCCAAGACGGCCUAUUACAAGGGUAAUCUUGUGGCUAUAAAACAUGUGAACCGGAAACGCAUUGACCUCACCAGAAAAGUCCUGUUUGAGUUAAAACAUAUGCGAGAUGUGCAGAAUGAACACCUGACACGGUUUGUGGGUGCCUGUACUGAUCCCCCCAAUAUCUGUAUCCUCACUGAAUAUUGUCCACGAGGGAGCCUUCAGGAUAUCUUGGAGAAUGAGAGUAUUACCUUGGACUGGAUGUUCCGAUACUCACUCACAAAUGACAUCGUUAAGGGAAUGCUGUUUCUGCACAAUGGUGCCAUUUGUUCCCAUGGGAACCUCAAGUCAUCCAACUGCGUAGUGGAUGGGCGCUUUGUGCUCAAGAUCACAGACUAUGGGCUGGAAAGCUUCCGAGUGUCAGAGCCAGAACACAGCUACACCCUCUAUGCCAAGAAGCUGUGGACAGCUCCUGAGCUACUUCGAAUGGCAGCCCCUCCUGCCCAGGGCACCCAGGCAGGUGACAUUUACAGUUUCGGGAUCAUCCUUCAGGAGAUAGCUCUUCGGAGGGGGGUGUUCCAUGUGGAGGGAAUGGACCUCAGUCCCAAAGAAAUUAUUGAGCGGGUAGUCCGAGGGGAACAGCCCCCAUUCCGGCCAUCACUGGCCCUUCAUUGCCAUCUGGAGGAACUGGGACAACUGAUGCAGAAGUGCUGGGCUGAAGACCCCCAGGAGCGUCCACCCUUCCAACAGAUCCGUCUGAUGCUGCGGAAGUUUAACAGGGAGAACAGCAGCAAUAUCCUGGACAACUUGCUUUCAAGGAUGGAGCAAUAUGCCAACAAUUUGGAGGAGUUGGUGGAAGAAAGAACACAGGCCUACCUGGAUGAGAAGCGGAAGGCUGAGGCUCUGCUGUAUCAGAUUCUGCCCCACUCCGUGGCAGAGCAGCUGAAAAGAGGGGAGACAGUCCAAGCUGAGGCCUUUGACAGCGUCACCAUCUACUUCAGUGACAUUGUCGGCUUCACGGCUCUGUCCGCAGAAAGCACCCCCAUGCAGGUGGUGGCCCUCCUUAAUGACUUGUACACCUGCUUCGAUGCUGUGAUUGACAACUUUGAUGUGUAUAAGGUGGAGACCAUUGGAGAUGCAUACAUGGUGGUAUCUGGGCUCCCAGUGAGGAAUGGCCGCCUCCACGCCCCAGAAGUGGCCCGGAUGGCUCUGGCCCUGCUGGAUGCUGUUCACUCCUUCCGCAUCCGCCAUCGGCCGCAGGAGCAGCUCCGCCUGCGCAUUGGUAUCCACACAGGUCCCGUAUGUGCUGGAGUAGUAGGACUGAAGAUGCCUCGUUACUGUCUCUUUGGGGACACGGUCAAUACCGCCUCUCGAAUGGAGUCCAACGGGGAAGCCUUGAAGAUCCACAUGUCUUCGGAUACGAAGGCAGUCCUGGAGGAGUUUGGUGGCUUUGAUUUGGAGCUUAGAGGGGAUGUGGAAAUGAAGGGCAAAGGCAAAGUGCGUACGUACUGGCUUCUGGGAGAACGGGGAAGCAGCACCCGGGGCUGAUGUGCCCUUCCUAUCACCCCCAGUGCCCAGACUCAGGAUCAGCAUCCCCUGCUAGAGAGCCCAGCUCUCACCAUGGGACACUAUGGGGGAUUUGAACAGCUCAGGUUUGGAGACCUCGGUGGGGAUGAUAUCAAUGUUCUGGAAGAGGACCAGAGACUGGGGAUAACCCUAGACUACAGGACUGGAUCAAAUCACCAUGCUGACACUUACACAUACACACACAAGCACAUAUGUAUUCUCUGUCCUGGCCCAAGCCAGCGUCCUUGCAUCGGGACCUUAGAUGCCUGGAUCCUUCUCCCCUUCAUCCUAUCUCUCCGCCCCCAUACACUGUGGCUAUUUAGGGGGAGUGGAGGGAUAGAGCCACCCCACAGACUGGACGACUGGCCUAUGGCUGGCUGGGGAAGCCCAGCUCACCUGCCUAGAGAAGGCUGAGCUCAAAAAAAGAAAGGAGUGGGGUGGGAAGGUUGGGGAAGGGGCAAAGCUUGCGGGAGGGCUAUCCACACCCAGCUUCUAUUGUGAGCAGAUGACAGACCAUUAAAGUCUUUAUUCCUGAA